UACUACGUGUGUAUUUAUAUUACGUGUACCAAAUUGAAGUGACUGACAAGUUUUUCUGUGAUGUGGACAAUGAUUACGUUAUGAUAACGCGAAAAGAUGAACGACAGGCAAUUGUAAAAUAGGAAAGAGAAUAGCCUGUCAGAGGGUGGAAAUAUAACUGUCAUUAAAUGGCUUAUCAAACGUUUAGGCAGGAAUACCUGCAGAUGCCCGUGGUGACACGGGCUUAUACGACUGCUUGUGUCAUCACAACUCUAGCCGUGCAAUUGGACCUUGUCUCUCCAUUCCAAUUAUACUUCAAUCCGAUUUUAAUACUGAAACAAUAUCAGUUAUGGCGACUGAUCACAGCUUUCCUAUUCUUUGGGACGGUUGGAUUUAAUUUCUUCUUCAAUAUGAUAUUCACGUAUCGCUAUUGUCGGAUGCUGGAAGAAGUCUCGUUUCGCGGUAGAACCGCCGACUUUGUUAUGAUGUUCAUAUUCGGUGGCAUCUGCAUGAUCAUAUUUGCAUUUUUUGUUAAUUUAUUGUUUCUUGGCCAAGCACUCACCAUCAUGUUGGUGUACAUAUGGUCAAGACGGAAUCCUUUUGUCAGAAUGAACUUUUUUGGACUUCUCAACUUUCAAGCGCCAUACUUGCCUUGGGUACUCUUAGGAUUCUCCGUUCUAUUAGGCAAUGCAAUUUGGGUCGAUUUGAUCGGAAUGGCGGUAGGACACAUGUACUAUUUUGCUGAAGAUGUAUUUCCACGACAAAAUGGUGGUUUUCGCAUACUCAAGACUCCUCAGAUAUUAAAAACGCUGUUCGAUGCACAUACAGAGGAUCCAAAUUACACACCGUUACCUGAAGAUCGGCCGGGCGGUUUUAACUGGGGUCAAGGUGCUAACGUGCAAUGAUUCGUAGACGAGUUCGCCGAAUUAACACCAUAUUAUUAUCAUCACCCGAGCGUUUCAACAUUUUGGGCAAAUGGUGACAUAAAAGCCCCGUCGAACGCAAGACUGCGGGCCAUCCAGGCUAUUGAAUUGGCAACACCCUGCAAUUUCGUAGGAUCACGCUCUCCUUGGACUUUGCGCAUCUCAGUGACUAACAACUGGUCAGGUACAUUGUCGAAAACUCCGUCAGUUGCUAAAAGAAUAACAUCCCCAUCUUCCACGCCAAAGCUGGAAGUGUCCGCAGCUUCGGGCCUAUAGAAAUAUUACUAAACUUGUAAAAUAUUGUCGGGUUCAAACUUCUAGCAGGGAAUCGGCAUAUCAUACACGCAUAUAAUUGUUUGUAUUUAAAGUUUAGAUCCCGAAAUUAUAAUCCAAUUGUAAAUAGCGUGAAGUUUGUUAAAGAAAGAAAG